GACCAGACCUCACCUAGGUUACCGUCUGCAAACUAAAACAACCAUCUUUCUUUCUUCUUCCUGACCGCUCUACCUUUCUUCCUCCUCACACCACAUUCAUCCCUCACCACAACCACCACCAGGAAGACCGCAGAAGGCCAAUCCUACACGCUGGCGGAACGAUUAAAGUCCAUUGUCUCCUCCAUCUCCAACGCCGUCCAUCAACACACGCCCAGCAUGUCCGGCUCCGACGCAGAACAGGCCAAGUUCGAGGCCGAGGUGAAAGAGUUGAAGCAAUGGUGGCAGGACCCAAGAUGGCGUUACACUCGCCGUCCCUACACCGCCGAGUCAAUUGUCUCCAAGCGUGGAACCAUUGCCAUUGAAUACCCCAGCAACCAGAUGUCCAAGAAGCUCUGGGAUUUGGUCGAGACACGCUUCAAGAACAAAACCGCCAGCGCCACCUACGGAUGUCUCGACCCAGUAAUGGUCACUCAAAUGGCCAAGUACCUCGACACCGUCUACGUCUCCGGAUGGCAAUCCUCCAGCACGGCCUCGGCCUCCAACGAGCCCGGUCCCGAUCUUGCCGACUACCCAUACACCACCGUCCCCAACAAGGUCGAGCACCUGUUCAUGGCCCAGCUCUUCCACGACCGCAAGCAGCGCGAGGAGCGCCUCAGCACACCACCUUCGCAACGCUCCAAGGUGGCCAACACCGACUUUCUCCGCCCCAUCGUGGCCGACGCCGACACCGGUCACGGAGGUCUCACCGCCGUGAUGAAGCUCACCAAGCUCUUCGUCGAGAAGGGUGCGGCAGGGAUCCACAUUGAGGACCAAAUGCCCGGCACAAAGAAGUGCGGCCACAUGGCGGGUAAAGUCCUCGUCCCCGUCAGCGAGCACAUCAACCGUCUCGUCGCCAUUCGCGCCCAAGCCGACAUCAUGGGCGUGGACCUCCUCGCCGUGGCCCGCACCGACUCCGAAGCCGCCACCCUCCUCACCUCCACCAUCGACCCCCGCGAUCACUCCUACAUCCUCGGCGCCACCAACCCAGCUCUCCAGCCUCUCAACGACCUCAUGCUCGCCGCCGAGGCCGCAGGCAAGUACGGAGCCGAACUCCAAGCGGUCGAAGACGCCUGGAACGCUCAGGCGGGGAUCAAGCUCUUCCACGAAGCCGUGGCCGACACCGUCAACGCGGGCGUGCACGUCGACAAGCAGGGUCUGAUUGACGCUUUCAACGCGCAGUCCAAGGGCAAGUCCAACGCCGAGCAGCGCGCUCUCGCCAAAGGUCUCACUGGUGUGGACGUCCACUUCGACUGGGAUUCCCCCAGAACCCGUGAGGGAUACUACCGCUACCGCGGAGGUUGCCAGUGCGCCGUCAUGCGCGCGAACGCUUACGCUCCGUACGCCGACAUGAUUUGGAUGGAGAGCAAGCUGCCCGAUUUCGCGCAGGCGAAGGAGUUCGCUGAGGGUGUGCACGCCGUGUGGCCCGAGCAGAAACUCGCCUACAACCUCUCCCCCUCCUUCAACUGGAAAGCCGCCAUGCCCGCCGCCGAGCAAGAAACCUACAUCAAGCGCCUCGCCUCCCUCGGCUACUGCUGGCAAUUCAUCACCCUCGCCGGUCUGCACAGCACGGCCCUCAUCUCCGACCGCUUCGCGAAGCAGUACGCCCAGAACGGCAUGCGUGCCUACGGCGCCAUUGUGCAAGAGCCGGAGAUUGAGGAGGGUUGUGAAGUCGUCACGCACCAGAAGUGGAGUGGUGCGAAUUAUGUGGAUGGUUUGUUGCAGAUGGUGCAGGGUGGUAUGAGUUCGACGAGCGCCAUGGGAGCGGGUGUUACGGAGGAUCAGUUCAAGUAGAAUUUUUUGAUGGAAGAGAAAGAGGGAUAUUGGGUAUUUGUGGAGGAAACUUGGAAGAUAGCGAGGUUGCAUGUAACACAAAAUAUCGACCGUCAAGUUUUCCG